AUGCGAUUACGCUACACUACAACGUCAGCACACCGGCGAAAGUGACUGUGGAGAAGCAUGAAUAAUCGCUGUGAUGCUGGCUCAAGUGACCCCAAGAGAAGAGGAUGGAAGAGAUGAAUGACACCACCGUAGCCGAGUUCUUUUUGGUGGGUUUUUCCCAAUUCCCAGUCCUUCAGCGGUUUGUCUGUUGGCUUUGCCUUUUAAUGUACCUGAUAGUCCUGCUGGGCAAUAGCUUCCUCCUUGUCAUUAGCAUCGUGGAUUCCCGCCUUCACACCCCCAUGUACUUCUUUCUCAGAAACCUCUCUUUCUUGGACAUCUGUUAUACAUCCACCUCUAUUCCUCAAAUGCUGAUCAAUUUUAUAUCGAAGAGAAAAUCUAUUUCAUUCAUUGGCUGUGCACUACAGAUGUUUGUAUCCCUCGGCUUGGGGUCAACUGAAUGUAUACUCUUGGCAAUGAUGGCAUAUGACCGCUUCAUGGCCAUUUACAGUCCCCUGCAAUACCCCAUCAUCAUGAAAAAGGUCGUAUACGUGCAGAUGGCAUCCUGGUCCUGGAUUAUAGGCUGUUUAAACGCCCUAGUACAAACUAUUCUUGUAAUGAUUUUGCCUUUCUGUGGGAAUCACACCAUUGAUCAUCUUACAUGUGAAAUCCUGGCAGUUCUGAAGCUUGUAUGCGCUGACAUCUCCCUCAAUGUAAAAAUCAUGAUGUUGGCAUGUGUAAUAUUUUUGCUCAUACCAGUGCUGUUAAUUUUCACCUCUUACGUUUUCAUCCUCUCCACCAUCCUGAGAAUGAAGUCUGCAGAGGGGAGGUUCAAAGCUUUUUCCACCUGCUCAGCCCACUUGACGGUGGUGAUCUUAUUCUUUGGUUCUGCUCUUUUCGCCUACAUGAAGCCCAAGUCGAAAGACACAAAGACUUUGGAUGAAUUAAUUGGAUUGUCCUAUGGGGUGGUGAAUCCCAUGUUGAAUCCCAUCAUCUACAGUCUGAGGAACAAGGAGGUGAAAGAAGCCGUGAGAAACGUGCUGAGCAGAAACUUCCUUAUAUGCGUCCUUUUGCGUGGGAAUCGCCGUUCUUUCUAAUCAAAAAGGAUAUGUCUAAUGAUGUCCUUGUCCAUGUGUUCAAAUGGGACAGGAAAAAAAUCACUGACUGAAAUUUUAGGAGCGAUGCGAGCCCAGUGGUUAUGAGCCCCAAGCAUGGCCCAAAUUUGACAGGUGUUUCAAUAGACAAAUUUCAUCCAUCCAAAAUGGACAUCCCUAAGCCAUCAAGUGCUUGAGUGGAGGAAGGAACCCACACCUCUCAGAGGGUACCGUGACAAGUAUGGGCCAGGCACUGAUUUUGGCCUUAAUCCAGAGAAUCCAGAUAACGGUCAACAGACCCAGUCCGGGGACUUUUCCGUGGGGACCACUGCUACUCCUCCUAUUCGAUACACCCCUGCUGCGUGACACCAAUCCAGGUUAUCACUUUCAUCUGAAGUGGGCUCUCUAACCCCCCUGGGAUAACCUAACCGUUAUGAAACAAAAAAUCUGACUAAUCUCUCAGUU